ACGUCUCCUCGCUGGUCAAUAUUUUAGACAAUUCUUGUUCAUGAUCAGAUUGUAUUUCAUCAUUUAGGCCUAAUUCAGUAUCAUAGAAAUUACUGUUGUUUUCUAAUUUCGUUGAUAUCAAUAGAUUGCCUUGUUAUUGUUUGCCAUUUUUAACAAAUGUCAUUAUUUUUUCUUUUUAAUUUGCCAUUUUAUAAAUUAUUUAAAAUAUACAAUAAGGGUGGUAAUAAGACAGGGAAUAACAAACAGAUACAAAUACAACAAAAACGUUGCUGGGACACUGCUCUAAACAGACUGACAUAUCGAGUUACUUUCAAAUAGUCGCGUUGAUUUUUAGUCCCGUUGCUACCGGUGAGAACGUGUUAAUUUAAUAAUACAUAUCGCGAUUGCGUUGCCGUCACCAGUUGCUUUUGGUAAAAACAGGCACUAAGACCUUUGAAGGAAGUGAACCGUGAUAACGAUUUGCUUGGAAGCCUAAUUAUUAUCACAUUUUCGUUAUCAUAAAUUAAAAUAUUGGAUUGUCCAAAUUUUUAGUAAACAAAUUAACAUAAUAUUUAAUGUUUAUUAAAUUAUUAUUUUUAAAUCAAAUUAUAUAUGAAAUUUUGAUUCUAAUAUUUAUUUACUUAAAGAACAUAGAGUUAUAAACUCUUUUGGCGGUAUUAGAUGUAGAUUGUUUAUCAUAAGAUAUUCAGAAUGGUUCCUCGUGUGACUUUAGUAAGUUUAAAAACAUUCUCAAUAUUACAUGCCUAACAUACUAACAGUAUAAUAUUGAUUUCAUUUAAAUUUAAACAAUAAACUUGACACAAGAAAUAAAAUAUUGUUAUCAUUAAAUUGUCGAUAUUUGUUUGAAUGUUUUCUUAAUUUCAAAUACAUUUGGAGAACUAUGUGAAUAGAUUACAAUCAUGAUAUAUCAUGAUUAUAAUUUAUAAAGACUAUGCAGUCUUUGUAAUCUUUCAUUUGAAACUUGUGAUUUAUUAUUUUUUAGCUUGAUGCUCACGUUCUUGACGAUCAUAUCUCCAAAAUAUUCAUUGGCCAAACGUUAAAGGUUCUUAAAUUUUUACCAGUAAGUAUUUUUGAAUAAUGGAAAAAAGUGUUGUUGUAAAUUAAUACCUAGUUAUAUAAAAAAUAAUAACAUACUACAAAAAAUAAUAAUAUAUUAAAACAUUUUAUUUUACAUAGAUAAUACACAAGCCCAGAUUAAUGGGGGGAGGGUAUGAUCCUGGACCUGCAAUGUAAAGGUCCCAUAGUCUUCUCAACUUAGAAUUUAUAUUAAAUUGACAUACUUUGCACACGGAUGUAGCCACUGUUGUAAUUGGGAAGUUGGAAAGAUAGUAUACAGACAGGAAUUUAAUGUAUAUCUGUAGGCAACGAUAAACCAUUGCUAACGAAAAAACAAUUCUGAGCUUAGUUGAUAGUGUUGCUUUGUCAACAAUACAAUGUAUGAUAUAUAUCAUAUUAUGGUAAAGUGUUUACAACAAUGUGUGUUUCCAUGACAGCAGUAAUUGUUUAAAAAAAAAUAAAAAUGGUUGCCAAUGGCAAUUAUCCUCAUUAUCUCGAAUAUUAAUGAAAAUUUCAAAAAAAUGAUCUUAUACUUUGUAGUAAAAAAAAAAUUUAGUAUAAUGUAUAAUUUUUUUUUGUAAGAAUUUUAGUAUCUAAUUUUGAUGAAGAUUUUAAAUAUUACAGGCUUUCUAAACUUGUAAACCAAACUCUACUCAAAAUCGUUUUUUAUAAGCAAAUAUUCAUUGUUACAUACAGAUAUACAUUAAAUUCCCUUAAAAUAUUUCAUAUCAUUUCUCAACUUCUCACUUACAACGGUGGCUCACCAAUUAUGCAAGUUGUGUGCAUUUUUUUUUUAUUUUGAAGACAAAAAUAUUUAGUAAUUAAGGCCCGUUGUAAAUUAAUACAUAUAUUUACAAAAUGUAUAUCUAUAUAUUUAUCUUAUUUCUCUGAUUUAUUGCUUUAGAUUUUUAAACAUUUUAUCAUGUUCUACCAAAAACCUCUCAAUAAUAAUUUGAAAGUAUAUUUUUAUUGGGAAAUUGUAUAUUGUAUCAACAUUUUCAGAAAUAAACACAUUUUUUAGUGCGUUAUUUAGUGCAUAAAAUCCAUUUUUUUUAAAGUUUUACAAGACAUUACAUUUCCAGCCUUAAUUGUAAUACACUAAUAAUAUCUACAUCUUCUUGAAUUGAUUCAUAGUUAAAAACAAUAAAAUAAACAAUAAGUAUUUGUAGGUAUUUGUUUACUAAGAAUUGUUUUGCUAUACUAGGCCAUUUUUCCGAGUACUGUAUUUCUUGCUCCCUUUUUAUGCAAACAUUAUUAUUAUUUUACUUAUUUUAGAUUCUGAGCGGAGUGAGGAAUGUAUUAGUUUUACAAUGGUGUGAAUUUUUUUUUAUAUCUAUGAACAUUUCUACUAACAAUUUUGGUUUAAUUUUCCAUAUGGUCCUUUUUCUGAAAAAAAAUCUAACUGAAGUGGUACUUUAGGCAGGUCAUUUUUUAAUUUUCCCAGUUGUUUUCAUAAAAAAUGGGAAAAGAGGUAGGUACAAUAUUAAACAAUUAAUAUUAUUAAUGAAAAUAACUAUAUAUAAUACAUAUGUAAUUAUUUUACCAUAAUAUGAUAUAUAUAUUGUUAAGAAAGCAACACUAUUAAUCUAACUCCGCUCAGAAUCAUUUUUUGUUAGCAAUGGUGUAUUGUAGCAUAUAGAUAUACAUACAAUUUUUCUUCUACCUUCCUAACUUCUCAUCUACAACAGUAGCCUAUCCACUGCAAAGCAAAUCCGUCUUUUUACAUACUGUAAAUUAUGUUUUAUUCAUAAAUAAGUUUGGAAUAAUUUAUAUUAUGAAUAAAUAUAUAACAGUUUAAUUUUAAAAUUAAAUAUUAUAAUUAAUUUGUUACAGGCAUGGAUUUUAAACAGCUGUGAGUUAGAAUUAAAUGCAAUAUUACAAUGUCUGUUGACUUAUGCAAGUGAAAUAGUUUUAUUAACAUAGAGGGUUGUUCACUCAACUGGAAACAUUCAUUAUCUUGGAAAAUAUUAAUAUUUUGAAAAUUUAAGAAACAAUUAGUUCUAAAAUGUUACGUUAUCUUUUUUUUUGUCAUCCUUAUCUUUGGGGGUGAAACAAUUACCUACUUAUUAUUUUCAAAUGACAACCUGUAUUAAAAAUUCUAUAAAUAGAUGGAAUAUUAGUUAAAACAAAUUUUGGUGUCGACAUUUUUGAUUUCUGUCAAUUUGUUAACAAAAUAUUCCACCUUUAAGUUUUGAUAAGGGAAGAGUAGUGGUUUAUUAUUAAAACGCCACAUAAAUAAUGCUCCACUAGUCUCCCCAACUAAAACUUAAGAGUGGAAUAUCUCAUUAACAGAUUGCGGAAAUCAAAAAUUUCAACACCUAAAUUUUUUUUUAACUAAUAUUCCAUCUAUUUAUGGAUUAAAUUUUGGAGAUGCUUAGUUUUUUAAAUGUUCUAUAAAACAAUAUCUGAAAAAAUUUAAUACUUUUCAAGACAAUAUGUUUUUUUAGUUAAGUGAAUCACUGUGUUUAAAGCAUAUUUAAUAAAUACUUAUAUUGUUCUGCAACUGUUUUAGUAUUCUGUGACAAAAACAAAAGCAACAUUCGGUCAACAUUUGCUUGGAGUUAGAUUUAAACCAGAUCAACUGACAGAUAAAAAAUUAGCCCUUUUCCAACUUUUUACGGUCGGUGCAAAUUAUAUACAGUCUAAAGUAGAAAGUCCUUCAAAAAAUUUUUUUAACAAUGUAAACCAUUUACUGUCACUAAAUAUUAUUAGUGUAAAUAAUAUGAUUAUACAAGUUUUUUCCUAAUUGGAUAUUAAUAUUUUCAGAUAAAUGAUUUACAAUCAAUUGUAAUUAUUUUUAAAGCUGCGUCUUUUUUAAAUUUUUUAUUAUUUCUGCGUCAAGGCAAAUAUCCAACAUUGGCUGAAAGAUUUUUAAGUCUUUUACAAGAAUCAACACGCCAAAGAAAUAUUGAAUAUACUUAUAUGACAAGAGAACUCCUUUGGCAUGGUUUUUCUGUAUGUAAAAUAUAUUACAAUCAAUACUUUAAUUAAUAUUAGGUAUUAACUAUUAUUUUUAUUUUAUUUGUAUUUAUUGAACUCUGUGAAAGACAAGAAUGUAUAAUUUCAGAUUUGGAGCGUGACAAGAGAUCUAUUGGUUUAACCAUAUGUGACUAAUUUUUUACCUGUAAACAAUUUUUCAAUAUGCUAUUUUAUUCUGAUGUAUAGAGUGUAGCACCUUUUCUGAAAGAAAAUUUAGUAUAGUUGGUGUAUUAGAGAGGUCAUUUUUUGAUUUUCCAAACAGUUUUCUAAAUAAUUGAGAAAUCUUAGAAAAUGAUAACUGAUAAAUUUAUAGCAUUAUUUAUACUUUUUAUGUUUUUUACUAGAAAUAUUGCUUUAAAAGAAAUUGUUGAAUUUUUAAUUUAGUUGAUGUGUAAGAUAGUUUGAUUUUCUUGUAGUUUUUUAGAAAAAACUGCAAAAAGACUUAGAACAGGAAAAUGUGUGUAAAUAAUGCUUUUACCAUGUUAAAUUUUGUUGUAAUUCAAUUAAAAAUAUUUAUAGGAACUUUUUAAUAGACAAUUUAUAUUUGCUCUUUCUUGACAUGGUAAAAUUUAAAAGAUAUUAAGACCAUUUAUAGACAUUCAAAUUUUAGGAGCUUUUACAUCAUUUUUAUUUGGUAGGUACUCUGUGGAUAAAAUUGUUUGACCCAACAGAAAUGCUUGCAAAUUUGACAGGAAGUUCAUUGUAAGUUGUACUUAUUUGUCUAAAAUAAAAAAUUGAGUGUAAUGCAGUAUUUUUUUUAUUGAAUAUCUUUGAUUACCUAAUAACUUCAUUAAUUCAGUUGAAUAUUAAUAUAUGGUUUAUUUGGCUAUAUUUUAAUUAAUAAUUUUAUUUAAAAUAUUUUAACUUCUUUUGCUUACCAACACUCAAAUACAAUCCUAUUUUCCAUUGCCUGAGGUUAUUUUUUAGUAUUCCUACUUUUAUUCUUAGGAGGUUAAAGGUUUUCCAAAAUCUAUACUUCAAGUUUUUUCCUGUGUAAAGGUUCUCUUUGUUCUUAUCCAUAUUAGUUUAUUUGCUUUGCGUCUAUCUUUCUAUCUUUAUAUAUGUUUGUCAAGUUCCGAUUGAUUCAAGUGGUACUAUGUUAGAAGCUAUGUAGUAAUUUUAAUCUGUUAUUCUGUGGUAUAUAUCCAUGUAAGGAGUGAUCUUUAUCGAAAAUUCAUUUUUUUUUUCGCUGUUGUCUUCUAAUAUCUGAUGGUGCUAUACUACCAAAUAUGUAUAAUUUGUUGGUUUUUGUCGGUUUCAGACAACCAGUGCUUGAAUUAAACAAAUAAAAGAAGAGGAAGACUUAAAAUAAAAUAAAAACCCUUGCAAUUAUUGAACUCUACCUAACCUGUGGGAGAAUUACUUUCCACAUAUCUCCCUUUUAAACCAAUUUUUAAGGUGGAUGAAUGAAGGGCUUAAAGAUGAUAAAAUAAGGUACAAGUAUACAAGAGGCUUAGCUUCAAUAGGGGACAAAAUAAGAGAAAAUAGUCUUAAAAUGGUUUUUAGGCAUGCUAUAUGAGAAGAGAAUAAUAAUAAAGCAGUAAGAAUAAUAUUGAAAAUAAUUGUAGGAGAAAUUAAGGGAAGAGGAAGAUUAAAAAAGGGGUGGUAAAAUGCAAUAAUUGAGAAUGAUACCUGACUACUAGUGUAUGUAAUCAUGGUGUAGGAGAUUGACUCAAGUGAAAGUUUAGAAUGAUGAGUCUAUCCCCAAAUAGUUGGGACGAAGAGAAAGAAGGGUAAUUAAUGUAAUUGACUACAAAUUUUUUAUAGUUGCGAAUUUUGAUUAUAUUUAGUUAAUUUCAAAAGUAUAAUUUAAUGUUUUCAAUUUUAGGAACUCUUGUUGUUUACUUUACCGUUAAUCAAUUAUCAAUCUAUAAAGCAUAAGGUUAUUAGAUUAAUAAACUCAAAAUCCCACUGUGAUAAAAAACAGUGGAUUGGGAAAAUGCCAUUAAUCAAUGCCAGGACAGUAUGCACUAUUUGUCAAGAAAAACCAAUAUUACCACACCACAUUAACUGUUCUCAUAUAUUCUGUUAUUAUUGUAUAAGUGUAAGUUACAAAAUAACACCAUACUUAUUAUUUUUACUAAAUUAAAACCAAUGUUUUUAAAAAUUGUUUUACAGUCAAUGAGAAUGGUGGAUGAGAAAUUUGAAUGUCCAGAAUGUUAUCAUUUUGAAAAUAACAUACUAUCUGUGAUACUCGAUUAAAUCGAAAAUCCACGUAAAAAAAAAAUUCUGCUCAUGUACACUAGUUAAUGAAAAUACUAAUUUUAUUUCAUAUUCCAAGUCUCGGAGAACCACAUUUACAGUAUGUAGUACCAAUAAAAUAAACAUGAACUAUUAAUAAUCAGGUGUAUUGACAUUUACUUGUGGAUAUUUAAUAUAUAAAUUAUAAUUAAUUGGUCUGUAUGAAUUAGAUAAACAGAUUUAUUCAUCUGUUAAUUUUUAGCGGCCCUUUAUGGCUUUUAUAAAUCAUUUUUGUAAUUCUUUUAAGAGCUAAUAAUUUUGAACAACAAUUUUAAUUAAUAGUUUAACUCAUCACUUGAUAUGUUCAUUCUUAUAUCUUUCAUUACAUCUUGUGCAAGUGUGCACCAGUAUUAAAAAUUUUGUUUCAAUAGUUAAUAAUUUUAUUUAUAUAGUUAAUAGUUUAUAAUAACACAAUUAUACCAAUAAUCAAACAGACCAUACAUUUUUGAUUUGGGAUUUCAAUCUUUUAUCAGAUUUUAACCACUGUGAUACUUGAUUAAAUCUGUUUUACUUCAACUUGAACACUUAUGUAACUAUUAUUUAUUUUUUAUUGGUUAUUUGUAUUGUAAAGACUAAAGAUGUGUACAAUGAAAUUUUUUAAUUUUUUUUUUAAAAAAAUUAAUCCUUUUUAUAUCAUUUUUUGUAAAUAUAAACAAGAGUAAUAUUUAUAAAUAUUUACUUUUUUUAUUAGGUUUUAAUAGACAUGGUUAAUAUAUCCUGGUGUAUUUUAACAUUUAAAUUAUAUGAUGUAAAUAAUUAUAUUUUGUUAAAAUACUAUUAAAUUAUUUGAAUGCUCCUCAUAUUUGUAUAGGUUCUUUAAAAAACUCAAACUCUCCAUCUUUUUACUGUUGAAUAUAUUUUAUAUUGUAAAAUUGGUUUAAUUUUUUUUUUUAUUAUUAAAUAAACGUACAUUUUUGUCUGUUGAAUGGUAAAUAUCCUGUGAUACUUAUACAAAAAUAAAUAAUUACAAACCUCCUUAUUAUAGUAUAAUAUUAUAUUAAUAUUAUUAAUUAAGAGCUAAGUAAUCAAUUACAGAAAUUAUUAUAAUAUUUAUUUUUUUUGGAAUUUUGUUUCACUUUAAAAAAAGUUAGUCUGAAUUCUAUCACCAAGAUGGUAUUAUAAAACUUAAGUCUAAUGCCAUUCAAACACUCUGAUGUGCCAAAUAUACCUGCUAGAUUAAACAUUAUGCAAAUGUGAUUGUUAUGUUUAGUUUUUAAUAAAUGAGAAACUUAUUAUUUAAAUUUGUUUAUA